GAAGCAUUUCUGAAUUUUUUGAUUUAAAUUUUGAAAUUGAAUUCAAUUAUAAUGUGACUGAAGAAAAAGCUAGAGAAAUUAUAAAAAAUAGUUACGGGCAAUUAAAAAAAGAUGACAAAAUUCUUUAUUGGCAAAAAUAUUAUUCAGUCGAUAAAACUGAAUCAUCGAAACAAAAAGAAAAUAUUAUAAAAACAAAUCAAAUUUCAAAACAUUAUCAUACAAUAGUUGAAUCAGAUAAUGGAAGUGAAAAUAAAUAUGAUUCAGAUCUACAAAUUGAAUCUUCAGCUCAACAUCACAACAGUGAAAAAAAUUCUGAUAUUGAAUGUGAUUCAGAAGAUAAAUUUUCUGAACUUGAUUCGGAUGAUUCUGAUUAUACACAAAUGAUUAUAGCAAAUCAUCAAGAGUUAAACAUAAAUGGUAAAAGAAAAAAUGAUUUUGACAGUUUAAUUGAUGAAAAUGAAUUGUUUAAUAACAAUAUAUCAGAAGUCGAAGAAGAGUUUAAAACUAAAAAACAAAAAUUUGAUAGCAUUUAG